CGCAUCAUCAUUUAGUAUCGAAAGUCACUUACGACGAAUCUUCGUUUAAAUGGGAUUUUAAUGAAAAUGCCAUGGCCACUGAAAAAUUGGCCGAAGGUAUAAGAUCAUUUGCUAAAGAUACUAGAACUUUACAUUCAAUUUUAAGACAACAGUUGACCAACGAAGUUUCGAUAAUUUCCGAAAAAAUUCCUGAAAAUAUUAAACCGGCUGCUAAGAAUAAUAAACCCUUUAAAAUGUUUAAGCGCUUAUCCAAACUUGUGACUAAUCAAGCUUAA